GUGAUCGAGAAUCCUUAUUUGUGUUUGUUUUGUCAACGUCACAGUCAGAGAGUGUUCGUGAAGUGAAGGGAAAUGACGACCAACCCGCCAACCCAUCCGGAUCUGUCGGUUUUCAGCGAUGAUCCCUUCUUCCACGAAUUGAUGAAAUCGGGCCGGUCGCGAUUGGAGCUUGAAAGUCAAUCGUUGGCCUCGAGAUCCCGUCAACUGGAGGAUGAGACCCGUGGCAUGGCCUUUGACCAUUAUUCCACCUUCAUUAGUGCGGCUGACUGCUGCCAUGACAUUGCAGGGCAAUUUCGACGCAAUCAGGAGCAAGUCUCGGCCUUGACCGAUGAUUUGCCCAAGGUGGCCUCAACAUGUCUGGACUUUCAUGGCAAGGCCUUGAAGUUAAGUGAGGAGCGGAAAAAGACCUCGAUGGUCCUGGCUAAUCAUACCAAGUUACUCGAAGUCUUGGAGCUCCCUCAAUUGAUGGAGACUUGUGUUCGAAAUGGUCACACGGAAGAAGCCUUGGCCAUUAUUCAAGUAGCCAAUAAGAUUGGUAAGCCUUUGGGAGGGGUGCCAUUGAUCGACGGUUUGGUCAAGUCGAUUCACGUGUCGGCAGUGUGGAUGUUGAAUCAAUUGCUGGCCAAACUCAAGACCCAAAUCCAGUUGCCGGAGUGUCUCAAGAUUGUUGGCCUGAUUAGACGAAUGGGGGCGUUCAACGAGGCGGAAUUGCGAAUCAAGUUCCUUCAAGCCCGCAAGGUACAUUUGGAUAACAUCUUGAAGUCCUUGCCAAACACGGAUCAGUUGAGUUUAUUGAGUAAAAUGGUGGAACAAACGAGGAUUGGCAUUUUUGAUACCAUCACCCAAUAUCGAGCCCUCUUCUCGGAUGACGAGACUCGGUUCAGUGGAACCAAAUCCUCAAUCUCAUCUUAUAGAAUGAUCUUCAGUUCGUGGAUCUACCAGAGACUCAACAAGUUCCAAGAGCAUUUAGUGGAGGGUUUGAAUCAGCUCAAUGAUAUCCAGGGACUCGAGGCUCUAGUUGACCAGGUCAUGUAUUUUGGACAAAGUUUAGGGAGAGUCGGUUACGAUAUGAGAAUCUUGGCCAUUCCCAAAUUGAACGAUUUUGCCGUGCGAUGUCUGCAGAACAUUUUGGAUCAAGGCAGGACUAAUUUGAAAGAGGUUCUGGCGAACUCUCAAUUGGUGUAUGACUUCUCUAUCUACGAUAAAAUUGAACACGGACCCAAAGCUGAAGGAGAAUUCCAAAUAACCUACUAUCCAGUGGCGAUUGUCUACAAUACGAUUAUCCAGUGCUUGAACCAAUUCCGAUAUAGGAUGUCUGUGACAACCGCGGUGAAAAUCAAGAGCUCCAUGGGAAGUUUCCUCAGUGAUGCAUUGGAGAUCAUCAAAGAUUUCGAGGUGAUCAAUGCCAAGCAAGGUCCCCUUCUGCAGGAGGAAAUGAACGAGAGCACCAUUCCCCAUUUGAACGGCCUCAUCGACGGGUUGGGCAAUGAUUUUUCUCGGUGCUCGGAGAGCGGACUUGGGUCAGGGGUGAACCACGGCAGUGCCACUGGUAAUCAUGUGCAACAGCAGCAGCAACAACAACAACAACAACAACAGCAUGACAUGUCCCUCAUGUUCCAACAACACCAUCAACAACUUUUGUUGCACCAACAUCAGAUGAUGAUGCAACAGUUUCAGCAACAGCAGCAAUUGCAACAACAGCAACAGCAAAUGCAAGCUGCCGUGGAGGCUGCCGCAGCAGCAGCGGCAGCAGCGGCCGCGGCCAAUGCGUCAAGUUCCUCGAGUUCGUCGUCCUCGUUUUUGGCGACCCUGCCCACGACGUCGACCUUAUCAUCCUCGAAUAAUGACGAGGGGUUCAUCGAUGAGCCCGAUUGUGACUGUGAUGCUCGUAAUAACUUUUCAAAUGACACGAAGGUAGACGAGUCCAUCGGGUCGCUCCCAGCCUCGACCUCUUCUGCCUCUGCUUCGACCUCUUCGUCAUCCUCUUUCUCCAGUCUGUCUUCCGACUCGUGUCCCGAAGCCUCGAAUAACUUGGGCAACGUCAGUGACGACGAAGACAAUAACAAGGCUCCCUUCCAGUAUUGUUACAAUUGUGCCCCUUUUCAUGCCUCGAAUGGGCGUGGCCCCACCUUGGUGCCCUCUCUGGCAAGAUCUCAAACACCCAUGCCAUCACAAAUGCUGGCCAGUGUCAGUGCCUCUCAGGCCAACACCGCCCGAACUACCACGACUCCCAGUGGUAUGUCAUCGUUGGCCUUUGGUGAUUUCACCCUGUACAAUAUGGACUCCAAGUCUAACGAGAACCUGAACCCUCAAUCAUCGGUGCUGGUGCAAGCUGGAGCGAAAAGGAGAAGGUCGUCGGAAGAUGAAGAAGAUGCUGACACUUCGAGUCUGGAGGAGAUCAAACGUCGAGAGGAUUCCCCGACAACCACUAAGCGAAGAAGAAACUCGUCCAGUUCCGAGGCAUCCUCGCCCAAUACCUCACUCAAUGAGUCGGGUUACUGUUCCACUGAGGAUCAGUCUUUCUCUUCCCCAUCACCCACCCAAGUGUUUCAAAAUCACCCAGCCUUUAGGCCUGUAGUGUCCUCAACGGUUUCGCAGCUCUCUGGAAUCCAAUCUGAAUGUUCCACUAGUGGCAAGCAGCCAUCAAUGGAAAUUGAUCAAAUCACCAGUUUGGUGUCAAUCUUCUCGUUCGGUCAACAAAUCAUGGCUGCUGCAGCAGUGCAAAAGCAGCAGCAACAACAGCAGCAACAGCAAAAGCAACAACAGCAAGAGCUACGCCAGCAAGAGCAAAGUCUGGAUUCCGAGAACACGCCGGCCGACCCCACCAAGUUAGCAUUGGGACAAGCAAAGUCCAAAACCAAAUCAACGAAGGUACCUGGCUCCAACGCCAAUGACGAGGACAGUGACAGUGAGAGUGACACAAGUAGUGAUAGUGGUCAUUCUAGCGAUGACCAUGAUGUCUCGUCUGACGACAAGUCUGAUCCUAAGGAGGAGAGUGUGGUAUCCGAAGUUGUAAGCAUUACCAAGCUGACGAGGGCCUCCAGUACCCCUGAACUUCAAUGUGGUGUUGAGGUGGCAAGGGCGGAGGGCGAGACCAUUGCCCCACCCGCAUCCCCGCCCUGUUUGGGAUUUUCAGCCGUUUAGCGUUGCCGUGGACCAUCAAAGAAGGGGGAAAGGACACUCAGAUUACCGCCACAUUCUAUCGCAAGAGCUAAAAAAGCAUCUUCAAAAGCCAUCCCAUCAUCAGUCGUCAACGUUUGGCCCGCUCCUUUACCCAUCAUCCAUUUCUUAAGCGAUGGCCUCUGUGCCUGAACGACCGACGCCGACGGCGCCCAGGAAGACAACGAGAAGUCGAGAAUUGUCUCGAUUCUUGUCUUGCCACUAUUUACCUGUGCCAGUUAUAACUACCUACCUGACCAAGCAAACCAUUAGCUCCAAAGAAAUGUGUCCAAAGAAAUCUUGCCCCGCAGGUGAUGUGGCUCAGACGCCGGUUGGAUGCGCAUCACCCUCAACCUGACACGAGAGAGUGGUACUGGUGCGAGAGGGCAACAACGACUGCGAACACGCCAUUGUUACAGAUCUUCCUCCUCUUUUGAAGACCAAGAUGUUGUUGAUGGUGCUGGUGGUAGUGGUGUUGGUGGUGGUGGUACUAGUGGUGGUGGAGAUGAUGAUGUUGUUGCUACCAACAACGACACAUCGACUAACCUCAUUGGUCGGGCCAAAUAAGAGCACGUUGGUGACUCCAUAAACCCUCUUACUCCGCCAAGCCCAAAUCCAACCUGAGCAACGAUUAAUUUCCUUUGUUGAACAACGGAAAAUUCCACGAGAGGCGAAGAUAAAUGCUAUCCUCAGCAUUCAAUUCAAGUCGCUAGUAUCGAUCUGAUGAGGUUAUUGUGCCAAGUACUUGAACACGAACCCACACACAUGCACUCACAAAACAGUUUGUCUGGCUGGCCAUGAACGUGCAAGCUGCAAAGCUGUUAGCUGCUGGUCUUCUGACAGCUAGUGGGAUUCCCAACAGCUCAGCUUUGCCACAAAGUCCGAAACCCGAACUGGAGUCUUCUUUUCGCCUUCCCUCUCAUCCAGCGAUGGAUGCCUUGUCUUGUACUUUAAAAAAACUGAUAUUGAAGUGGCCAUUUUGUAGUACCUGAGCUACCCCGCCCAACCUUGCUGGCUGAUCCCCCAAAAACCAUGACAUUGCGGCUUUUGACCCUUGACGCAAAACCACCAUCACCAACAAAACUACAGUCAAAUAUACUCAUCCAUGCUGGAGAUGGUACUCUCAUUUACUUUCAGUCCUAUUACCCAUAUAUAUACUACGAUGAUGCGCUCGAAUCCAAAUCAUAUGAAAAAAAUAUAAAAUGAACAAAAAUAAAGAGGCAUAUACACUAAGUAAAAAACCGA